UUUUUCAGUUUUCACAAUUUUCACCGAGAAAGUCGUAAGCUUGAAGAAAUUCAAAACAGUGCGAGGGAGAGAAUUGAAACCAAUGUCUGCCUCUGCCACCCCAAAGAAGCGCCCAAAACCCAAACCCAAACCCAAUGGUGGUUGUAGUAGCGAUUCGGUUCCCUCUUCUUCAUCAUCGCUGAAAUCAAUUUUGGAACCGCCCCAGAAUUUCUUCCCUUCGAAGGACGAUUUCCUCAGACUCAUAGCUGUGCUCGCCAUCGCAACUUCAGUCACCUUAGCAUGCAAUUUCUUCGCAACUUUUCUCCUCAAUCGCGAAUCCAAGCCCUUCUGUGAUACCACCGUCGUCGAUUCUCUGGACUCGCUCUAUGAUUUUUGUGAGCCUUGUCCAAGCAAUGGGCACUGUUAUGAAGGCAAAUUGGAGUGUGAUCAUGGCUACAGGAAGCACGGGAAGCUAUGCAUUGAAGAUGGAGAGAUUAUUAAAACAGCUAAGAAACUAUCAGAGUGGAUAGAACUUCAUCUUUGUGAAGCAAAUGCUCAAUAUUUGUGUGAUGGAACUGGAAAAAUUUGGGUUCCAGAGAAUGAUAUAUGGAAUGAUUUAGAUGGGCACAAGCUGAUGGAGCAUGUUGGCUCAGACAAUGCCGUUAAUAUCCAUAUAAAACGAAAGACAAUGGAGAUUAUUGGCAAAGUAUUGGAGUCAAGGACAAACCCUCACGGGUUCAAAGAGAUAAAGUGUCCGGACGUGCUAGCUGAACAGUACAAACCAUUUUCCUGCCAUUUAUAUCAGUUGAUCUCCAAAAAUGCAAUACUUAUUUUGCCAGUUUGUGCACUGCUUGUGGGGUGCACAUUAUUACUCUGGAAAGUCCGUCAGAGGCAAUAUCUUUCAACCAGAGUUGAGGAGCUUUAUCGACAGGUUUGUGAAAUACUUGAGGAGAAUGCUUUGAUGUCAAAGAGAGGAGAGGGAGAAUGUGAAUCAUGGGUUGUUGCUUCUAGAUUGCGAGAUCAUCUUCUUUCACCAAAAGAGAGGAAGAACCAUGCAUUAUGGAAACAGGUAGAGGAGUUAGUUCAGGAAGAUUCACGUGUAGAUCGUUAUCCCAAACUGGUGAAAGGAGAACCAAAAGUGGUGUGGGAAUGGCAAGUUGAAGGCUUUUUGAGCCCUGCGAAGACAAGAAAAAACGAUGAUGCAACCAAGUCGAAGUCUAGUGAGGGCAUGAAGGCAAAUUCUAGUCAACAAAACUACAGAUUGAAGACUGAUGUUUAUGCAGAGCCUGGGGAACUGAUUUUCUGACUUGGGGACAUUUUCCACAUGGAAAAGUCACCUAGACAGUUUCUGCUUAAUGCCAUCGGACAAAGCAACUUUGAUCCUGGCGAAGGAGAUUAGCAUCGUUUAGUCUAUCCUAUUGCAUUUAAAGCGGAUUGAACAAAAAGAUUAAUGGGGGAGAGAUUUAGUUUGAUCAAAAUAUCUGAUGUACGAGAAGUUGGUUUCUGAUACAUAAAACUUGAUUUCAAUGAGCUUGAUGUAUAAAUUGAGACAAACUUAAUUUCAAUGAGUUUGAUGUAUAAAUUGAGAAAUCUGUUGAUAUGUUUGUAUAUUUUUGUUGUCUGCUUGCUGCUAGUCCUUCCGCUUACCACUCAAGUGGCCUUGUAAUUUUAGACAGAGAUUGUCAUAUCAUAUGAAAUACAGUUCUUGUUGUUUGUUGUUUUC